AUUUGUGCUCGGCGGAGAUCAGGCUGUCGUUCCUAGUGACAGAGGAGAAGCAGCAAGAGCAAGGUGUCCAACAUGUCUGUGGAUUGGGUAGGAUAUGGAUACGCAGCCCUAAUCGCAUCUGGCGGAGUUAUUGGUUACGUGAAAGCAGGCAGCGUCCCGUCCCUGGCUGCUGGUUUGCUCUUCGGGGGCCUUGCAGGUUUUGGUGCCUACCAGAUCUCCAAUGACCCCAAUAAUGUUUGGGUGUCCCUCGCUACAUCAGGAGCUCUAACUGGUGUAAUGGGAAAGAGGUUCUAUGGAUCCAGGAAGUUCAUGCCAGCUGGUUUGAUGGCUGGAGCAAGUCUCCUGAUGAUAGGGAAGCUUGGUGUGGCAUUGCUCCAGAAACCCCACAAGUCCUGAUGGAGUGAAGAUUUUGAUGUGUAUCGUAUCUUCUGUUUGAAGAGCAACCCGUCAACUUGUCAUUUACUGUUGAACAUUAAUGUCAUUUUUGAAAGUAUGAGGCUGAAAUAUAGUACGCUUAUAUAAUAGGAA